CAACAACAUAUCAACAGAUCGCAAAAAUAAAAAAAACAAGGAAAACGUGGAGGAUGUGAGAACACGCUGGAUGCAAUAGUAACAAAUUAUCUCAAUUAAAAACGAAAACUUACCAAUACCCUAAACUAGCCACUAACUUAUUAGGGCUCAGACAAAGAACGUCGUGUUCGCAACGAGCCUUUUCUAUUCGAAUUCGGCCAAAUCAUCUAUUUGUUGGUCGUUGAAUACUUAAGAAGAGGGAGCAUUUGCAUUCCUUUUGAUGAAGCACUUCCCGUAUUUUGUAUAUUUGAUUUAUGCUAAAAGGUUAAGAACAUAACCAAUAUGCUUGGGACGUAUAUCGAUGAUUGCCUGAACAUUAUGCACAUUGUUGUCUUGGGCGAAAUAUCAUGGCGCCUUAUUUGUGCUGCCAAGGAGUAUUUUAUAUAUUAUUAUCACUACGAAGUUCCCGGAAGACUUUGGCAAAUUUUAAAAAGAUCAUUCAGUACUAAGUCCACAGCACAACCUUACUUGCUGUUAAUUGUCUGUGGAACAUUAUGCAGAUGUAGCAUGACUUUAAGAUUGUCUUGGCCAGCAUUACGUUUUCUUCCUCUGUACUUUUUAUAUCGGGGGCUGGACAUAAGUUUUUCAAAUUUACAGUACGCUUACUGGAUAAGAGGAUCUCACGGUCUAGAUUAUGCCGAAGGCAUGGCGUCCAAUUAUUUUCAUGGUUAUCUUAAAUUGGCUCUGCCUUCGCACAACGAAGGUGAGGGCAUAAAACAAAGGAUUGCUUUGUACGAGUCCCAAGAAGGUGUAAAAUUCAUUCUUAACCGUUUGGUUAUCUUAGUGCCUAGCACAAUGUUUGUAAAUUCCAAAAUCGAAAGCUCUAUUCUUACAAGAGACGGAAUCAAGCCACUGGACACGAUUGUUAAAAAUCGGGCAGGCGUUGCUAGGCCAUUUAAAAAUAAUGUUUAUCGUUUUACAAAACCUAUUAAUGGUACAUACUAUUACGUCGCUUUAGAAGGCGCUACACCUUUAUUAUCGUUUUUUGAAGCCAUGCAUCAUCGGACGUCUAUGACAAGGCAAAUGGUAGAAAUGAAGCGAGAAAUACUUUUAAAGUUCUAUCACCAU